AUGUGCUCCAGUUACAGCGACGCCGCCUCCGGACUGCACGCAUCCGUGCACAACAACGGUCACGACUUUCCCAGGGCCACCAAGCACUUCGUCUGAUACUCCGCCAAGCACCUCAUCUGAUACUCCACCAAGUACCUCAUCUGAUACUCCGCCAAGCACCUCAUCUGUUACCACGCCUAUCCCUACGCCCACUCCUACGCCCACAACGCCAAGUACCACGUCAAGCACAGCUACAAGUACACCGUCGCAAUGUGUCAGACCCGCGUGCCCUACUGGCGUCACACGUGCAACGUGGCCCGACGCUUUUGGUAG